AUGCCUGGCAUCAACCAACUCCCAGCUGGGUCAGAAGGGGCAGCUGCCAUAUCGCUGAUAUGGGCUUCGGUCAGCUGGGUCUGCAGCAGCUUGUUACUGUGGCUGACAUGGUCGCACCAUGAAGGAUGGUCUUAUCUCUCGCUGCUCGCUGUGUCAUCCAUCUCAAGCACAACCUUCUCCAUAGUGCAACAAAUACGCGAUAUCACGUUCUACGUCGACAUAGUGACAGAGGGAUUCGACCGCAAAUUGAGACUCCCUGCCGAUGACCCAGAACUUGCCAUCGCCAAUGGCUCUUUUGGUGUUGACCUGGUUCUCUAUUAUCUUCAAUACUACCUCUACAGCGUGCAGGCGAUGCUGGUCAUGUUCUGGGCGGCUGAGCUGUGUCAGUUGACUUAUCAAGUUGGAGAGCGACGUACGAUUCGGAUUAUGUUUCGAAAGCUUCACACGGCGGGGAAAUUGAUCUCUUGGCUCUUUCCCCUGAUGACUAUCCUGAUGCUACGAAUCCCGUCCCUCAAGGAAUCUUUUGUGGCUUUCAUCCUCAUCGCCGACUUGCCACUGAUGAUCAGCCUUGCCAUCGGCAGUGGGCUCAUGAUAGCAGUUCUAGUCAGAUACGUCAGGACAAGACAGAAGUUUACACAAUGGAGUCCGCCGAAUUGGAACUCUGGGUCGACGUCGCAAGAGGGCACAGAGCCCGCCGGAUCUCAAGACAGUUCACAACGGAAUCUGUCAGGAAAGCGCGGCCUCUACGACCGGUGGCUAAUGGUGCGCUUUACGAUCGCUUUCGUCUCCCUAGCGGUCUUCGAAUGCACUAAUACACUCUUUCAGAUUACCGCAUUACAAAACAACAUCAAGGACUCGAAAGCCUCCGCGCCGGACUUAAGUGCAGGGCGAGCAGUGCAAACGAUGAUCCUCUUCAUGCCCGGCACAACACCGGGCAUAUUCUUAUUCGUUGUUUUUGGGACCACCGCUUCGUCGAGAAUGAAGCUCGCCAACCUGCUCAUGCCGAGUUGCUGGCGCGAAUCGUCAACAUGCUGCUCUGGUCGCCGAAAGAGCUGUCCGUCCACACCUGAGCUGCUCAGAUCGGGCGAAGGAGGUAUAACCGUCAAACGCUCCCUCACGGUCACAUCUACGACCCGGCUACGCCCGCAUGAUGACGAUAUUUCCGAACCCAGUAUGAUAUCUAUGGACGAAUUCACGAGACGUUUGGACAGCUCAGUGCAAAUAUCGUGCAUGAAACCGCUGCCUCUGGCCCCGGGGCUGCUGCCCACGUCGAGAUUCAACAUACCUACCAACAAAAUGUCCAGCAAGGAAGGCACAACAUCAGACGUGAGAGAGUUGACCUCAAUUGAGGAAAAGGACAGCGCCAGAGGCGGGAUAUUGACGAGGACAAACACGGACGACUCGACCCGGGUGCCCGAUAUUCAAGUCCUGGGGACAGAGCAUAGUGACGAUUCUGGGCCCAUCUUACCGAUACAGGGCAACGAGAGCGUCCGCUAUAUUGCCCGAAGCGGAAAUCCACCCAGCCUCCGAUGUAACAGCUGGCUGGCGUCUCUAUGCUUGUUGCCGGCAAAUGUUCUCUGUGCGAAUCUGUUGGUAUCUCACUUCAGUGGCAGUGUUUACUCGCUCUCAUUGACGACAAACAACGGAACAGGGCAGCUGGCAAUCACAUCUUCACUUCGAGCAGGUGGGCGCACGCCUAGCUGGCUAACACUGGACUCUGCGACUGGCCAUCUCUAUGUCACAGACGAAGCUCAAUAUGGCUCCCCAGUGCUCACCACGCUCAAGGUCAACAACGACAAUAGCGUACAACUGGUCAGCACUGCGCCAACAAGCGGUGGUGGAGUCCACAGUACUCUCUAUGGAGGCAAUGAUGGAACAAGCUUCUUCGCCGUGGCUGAAUACAAUCCAUCGACAAUAUCGACCUACAAACUUCCCCUAUCCGGAAGUUCUCAGCACAUGCAGAGAUUCGCAUUCAACAUGAGUGCCCCAGGGCCAGACCCCUACCGCCAGGAUAAGCCCCACCCGCACUCAGUCUUCACAGACCCAACAGGCAGGUUCCUGCUGAGCGCGGACUUGGGCGCAGAUCUGAUCCGGAUCUUCAGCAUCGACGCCUCAACCGGCCAGCUCACAGCCUGUCCCGCCGCCGCGACGGGCCCCGGCGACGGGCCCCGGCAUGGCGAGUUCUGGAAGUCACCCUCGGGGACCCUGUUCCUCUAUAUUGUCAACGAGCUCGCCGGAUCCGUGACGGCGUGGACGGUGAAAAGCCCUCUCUUGGACGGGGCCGGCUGUCUCAGCCUCAGCAAGAUCCAGUCGGUAUCGACGUACCCGCAGGGCAAGAGCCCGCCAGCUGGUUCCAAGUCGGCCGAGGUCCGCGUGUCUGGGAACUUUUUGUAUGCGACAAACCGAAACGACCAGUCAUUUGGCAGCAAGCAGGACUCCGCGGCGACCUUUGCGAUCGAGCUGUCCACGGGCAAGCUCACGUUCGUCGAGGCGACAAACACUCACUCGUACUUCCCGCGGACAUUCGCUGUAAAUAAAGCUGGCGAUGCGGUGGCGUUUGGGGGCCAGACGUCAUCGACUAUCGUGGUCGUCGCCAGGGAUGUGUCAACCGGGAAGAUGGGCAAUGUGCUCGCUCAACUGCAGGUUGGUGCGCCUGGGACGGUCAACAACGAGGACGGAUUGAGCGCUGUGGUGUGGAAUGAAUAA